AUGGCAGACGCUAAACAAGAACCUGAAAUCCGGACUGCGCUCAUAGUCGUUGAUAUGCAAGAGGAUUUCUUAACUCCUAACGGCACACUUCCCGUUCCUACCGGGCGCUCUCUAAUACCCAGCAUCAACGCUCUCCUCGCGCAGCCUUUCACCCUCAAGCUCGCUACCAAGGACUGGCACCCUGCGGACCACAUAUCAUUCGCAUCUUCGCACGCGGGAGCCACGCCAUUCAGCAGCACGACAACCCUUCACAACCCACUCAACCCAUCGGAAAAACUAACGACGCGUCUCUGGCCCACGCAUUGCGUGCAGAACACGCCCGGCGCGGAGCUCGCUGAUGGGUUAGCGAAGGAGCGGUUUCAUGGCGUGGUUAAUAAGGGGGAGAGGAAGGAGGUCGAGAUGUAUAGCGCGUUCCAGGAUGCGUUUGGACAGCGUAGUGGGCUGGGGGAUUGGUUGAAGAGGGAGCGCAUUGAGAGGGUCUUGGUGGUGGGUAUUGCGGGUGAGUAUUGUGUGUUGGAGACGGCGAGGGAUGCGGUGAGGGGGGGUUGGAAAACGGGCCUUUUGGAGGAUGUGGUGGGGUGUGUGGAUGGGAGUAGGUGGGGAGAGGUGAAGGGGGAGUUGGAGAGGGCGGGAGUCGAGAUCUUGAAGGGGGAGGAGAUGGGGAAGUGGUUGGGCUGGGAGUAG